CGAUUCUGCAAUUAGGAAUCCUUCCUUCCAGAAAAUCGUAACCCCAAAACAAAACCAUCUCAAAAAUCCUCCCGUUCCUGUAUCUGUAGCAAUCAAUUGGAUUCCUUGGGCCGUUGGGGAAAGGAAGAUUGGAAGCAAAACAACACGGCAAAGACGCAAUCAUCCUAAAAGAGGAAGGAAGGAAGGAAGGAUGGAAAAAGCAGACAUAGAGAAAAAAAGGAUGGAGGGAGGGGAGGAUCGCAUCUCGGUGUUGCCAGAGGUAAUCAUUCACAAAAUCAUGGAUUACCUCCCCACAAAAGCUCUAGUUCAAACCUGCACCCUCUCCAAAACAUGGUACACUCUCCAGCAAUCUUACCCUUGCCUCCAUUUUAAUCUCGAUGACUUUAGUUCCUCGGGGUUUGAGCAUUUUGGAGAAUCCGUUUACAAUUCAUUAAAUCGAUUCCAAGGGAAAGGGCUUUCUUUGCAGAGAGUUGAAAUAAUAGUUGAUCAAGAUGAAGGUGUUGGUCAUGUUGAUAGCAAUGAGCUUUGCAAACAUGCACCUAGUUGGAUAGAAUUAGCACUAGAUGUUGGGGUAAAAGAAUUAGUUGUCUACCUUGGUCACAAGUCAUAUACCUUUGACUUCUGGCCAGUUUCGAAUUUCACCAAGUGUUAUUCCAGAACAUUAGCUUGUUUGAGUGUUGCUGGUUUUAUUCUAGAGAAGCCAGUUUCGAAUUUCCCCCAGUGUUAUUCCAAAACAUUAGCUUGUUUGAGUGUUGCUGGUUUUAUUCUAGAGAAGCCAGUUUCAUCUAUAUUUGGAAAAUUUGAGUCCCUUGCUAAGCUGGUUUUGUAUAACUGCGAGAUUAAGGGUUCUGCAGUUUUAAAACUCACCACCCACUUCCCUUUGCUUGAAAAUUUAGAUAUUAUUGACUGUUUUGGUUUUGAGAGUGUCAGUGUCUCUAACCUCACCAGAAUGAAGAAUCUUAAAGUUUUGGCAUGGGGAGGUCGUCCCGUGAGCAUUGAAGUUGCAGCUCCAAGUCUUGAAAUUUUGUGCUUAGAAAGUAAGACAAUCAGCAUGUGUGGGUGUCAUAAUUUAACUUUCUUAUUGCUGCAUGAUGUAGUAUUAUCAGAAAAGGAGCUUUAUUGCAUUCUUUCUGAACUUCCUGUGCUUGAGAAUUUGAGCCUUGUUGGAUGCUGUUGUCAAGUGGUUAAGAUUUGCAGCCAACGUCUCAAGACUUUAAUUUUAGAGGACUCUUUUGUGAUGACCAUUGAACUUGUAACUCCAUCUUUGAAUACCUUUAUCCUUGGAUGUGGGGAUGGGGACUGGCCUUUGAUCAACAUAGUUGACCGUCAUUGUUUGAACAACUUGUUGUUGCAUCAUACAAGAAUUACAGACCAAGAGCUUCUUGACUUCAUUUCUGAACUUCCACAAUUGGAGUAUUUGUGGAUUUCUGAAUGCAGUGAGCUAGAAAGAGUGAAGAUCUCUGGUCAAAAUUUGAAGAGACUAUGCAUAACUGGAGGUUUGAUGUUGAAAUUGGAAUCUAUAGAGGUUGAUACUCCAAACUUAUGUUCAUUUUGUGUCACAAAUAUUCCAAUAUCAAGUUCUUCAAUAGUUGUACGUCAACCGGCUGUUAGAUUUGAGGAAAGAUGCAGAAGUGAAGAAGCAUUUUGGGCUGGUAAAUUGGGGGAAAUGCUACAUUUUUACCUUGAAGUUAGUGAUGCUGCAGUUAUUGACAUUCUCACUUCCAUAUUAUUAGAGAUGGUUUGUGGUGAUGUGUCAUGGGAUUUCUUUGAGUGCAAUCCUGGGAUCUAUAUUCACACAAGCAGUGGUGGAUUCAACUAUGAGCUUGGGAGACGAACAAAGUAUCAAGUAUCAAGCAACAAGCAGCAAGGAGGACGAGGGUUCAAUGGGGGAAAACUGAAGUGGUGCUCUGAGACUUGACAAGAAACUAUUCAUGGGGGAGAUUAGGUUGUGACUCGGAAUACCAGAAAUGUAUGUGGUUUACUAUGCCUCCAAAUUCGAGUUGUUUUGUACUCAAAACAUUGAUGUAGAGUGCCAUUGUGUUAAGGACCCUAGGUUUAAUUGUUCUGCCAAUUAACUUCAGCAUUACUCUCAUUUGCCUGAACUUGUGUAGAUUGUAAUUACUGUUGAUUGUGUACAACGAGAGGAGAAAUACCCCUUCUGUACAGGGUAAAGAAACACGAGAGGAGGUUCAACCCUACUCUUUCUUUAAAUCACAAGGGAAAACUUCAAGUUGAUGACUUGAUGCAGCUCCAUUCAGGCUGUGGUAAUUUAUGAUAUU